CUUGUCUCCGCUUUUGCAGAGAUCAGGCAACAGAGGAAGAACUGGAACUAUGGUUUGUGCCUGCCUGAUUGCCACUGAAAUAUUUUUAACUGCAGAGGAAAGCUUGUACUAUUUUGGAGAACGGCGAACAAAUAAAACCAGUGGCACUAAAUAUCAGGGAGUAGAGACUCCUUCUCAGAAUAGAUAUGUUGGAUAUUUUGCACAAGUGAAACAUAGCUACAACUGGAAUCUCCCUCCAAGAAAGACACUGUUUAUAAAAAGAUUCGUUAUUUAUUCGAUUCGUGGUGUUGGAACAGGCGAUGGAUAUGAUCUAAAAGUCCAAAUAGUAAUGAAGAAAAAGAUCGUCUUUUCCUGUACUUCCUUAAACAAUUGUCGGGUAUUUCAUGACACUGAAACAGACAGGGUAAUAAUUGAUGUGUUCAACUGUCCACCUCUGUAUGAUGAUGUGAAAGUGCAAGUUUCCUCUUCGGAUUUUCCUAAAUACUAUCACAACUACCCUUUUUUCUUCUGGUUUAACACAUCUUUAAUACAAAAUAACAGGCUUUAUCUACAAAGAAAUGAAUUGGAUAAUCUUCAUAAACCAAAAACAUGGAAAAUGUAUCAACCACAAUAUGCAGUGGAGACAUAUUUUGAUGAGAAAUGACUUAGUUACUUUGUAACUGGUAGCUGAUUAAGUAUAGUUCCCCACACCCCUUCUGGGAAAGAAUUAUGUUCUUUCCAACCCUGCCACAUAGUUAUAUGUUCUUCCUU